AUGCCUGUUGCUGUUGCGAACCACUCGCAUCGCCCCACCACAAAGGUGUCGCACAAGCCGUUCAAGUCAAAGGCCGCGUCAAAACACGAGCUGAGAGAUCGUGCAAAAGGCCGAGUUCCAAACGAGGGGAGCCAAAGACGGACGCCGCACCAACAGGUCAUGUCCAAGUUCGAUCGACGAAACCAGGCCAAGCAGGCUCGGUUAACCAAGCACAGAGAACACCUCAAGGAGACUUCAAUAUUUUCCGGAAAGGAUGGUGCCCCAAGAAUUGUUGCCGUGGUCCCUCUAUGCGCUGAUGGCGACGCCAAAGUCGCCAUUAAACAAUUGAACGGGAGCCUGGAUAUUGAGACCGAUGCUCAAGAUGGAAACUUUCGAGUGUCAGUCGACCGUUUCAAGCAGAAGCUUCAGUAUAUUACCCUCCAGCGUGAACUCACUGCCUGCUUGGACGCUGCUCGGGUUGCUGAUUUCGUUGUUGUAAUUCUGUCCGCCAACGAAGAAGUGGACGCGGUUGGAGAAUUGAUCUUGCGAAGUAUCGAAAGUCAGGGCAUGUCAACCCUCUUCACUUUGGUACAAGGCCUCGAGACGAUUGAGCCGGCCAAACAACGCCAAUCUACCAUGGCAUCUCUCAAAUCCUUCAUUACCCAUUUCCACCCCGAACAAGAGAAGCUGUACAGCCUGGAUAAUAGACAAGAAUGCUCCAACUUGAUGCGAUCUCUGUGCAAUACAACACCCAAGGGUGUCCGCUGGAGGGAUGACAGAAGCUGGAUUUUUGCCGAGGAUAUAAAAUUUGCCGCCAACGAGUCGGAGUCUACCGUCGUCACUGGCGUUGUUCGAGGGCGAGGCAUGAAGGCCGACAGACUGGUACAGCUUGGCGACUGGGGCACGUAUCAAAUUGAAAAGAUUGUGGCGGCUCCCUUAGCAAAGCACGCCAAGAAGGGUGAUGAAACUGCUGUCGAAGUCGAGGCUGAGAACCUGUUGGAGGUUCCCUCGGAGGAUCGGGACGACUUGGACGAACUCGCUCCGGAGGAUGUAGUCAUGGAUGCCGAGGAUGAUUCUGAGAUGGCUAAGGAACCCGCGCCGAAGAAGGGUGUUUUGCUCGACGAGCACCACUACUUUUCCGAUGACGACGCCGAAGAAAGGAAGAUAAAGAAGAAAGUGCCCAAGGGUACAUCCAACUACCAGUCAGCCUGGUACCUAGACGAUGUUUCCGACUCGGACUCGGACAUGGAGGACAUGGAAAUAGACGACCACAAGGGUCAAGAUGAGGAAAUCGGCGCGGAAGAUGGCAUUGAGGGGUAUGCUCAGCCCGAACCUACAGAAGCCGGGCCUUCUGAAUACCCACAAUCCGAAAUGAUGGAUGUCCCCGACGCCGCCGACGAUGCGCAGCAACUGGCUCAGUUUCGUGCCCGCAAGCGCGACGAAGCCGAAGACGACAAAGAGUUCCCCGAUGAAAUCGAGCUACACCCCCACGUCCUCGCCCGCGAGAGGUUAGCCCGGUACAGAGGUCUCAAAAGCCUGCGAACAAGCCCAUGGCAAGAAGACGAAGAUCGGGCCCACGAACCCGAGGAAUGGAGGCGCCUCCUCCAGGUGCCCGACUACAACUCCUCCCGGUCUCGGGCCGUUCGAGAAGCUCUUGUUGGUGGUGUUGCGCCCGGCACCCGCGUCUACGUCUACGUCAAGGGCGUUACGACGGACGUUGCCAAGUCACACAAGCCCAGCGCACCCGUCGCGCUCUUCUCACUCCUCCGCCACGAGAACAAGAAGACCAGUCUCAACUACCUGUUCAAUCUGAGCAAGGACUACGGCAAGUCCAUCAAGUCCAAGGAGGAACUCAUUGUGCAGUGCGGACCGCGGCGCAUGGUCAUCAAGCCCAUCUUUUCCAACCCGGGCUCCACGCCAAACGACGUCCACAAGUUCUGCCGCUACUUGCACCCGGGCCAGUCGGCCAUUGCGUCCUUCAUGGGACCCAUGACAUGGGGCGCCGUGCCCGUCAUGUUCUUCAAGAGAUGCGCCCCUGGAACCACCAAUGCCGACGGCGAGCAGGACAUUGGUCUAAGUCUAGUCGGCACAGGCACCGCCCUGCCGCCGUCCACGUCCCGAGUCGUUGCCAAGAGAGUCAUCCUGACGGGCCACCCGUACCACAUCCACAAGAAGAUCGUCACGGUGCGGUACAUGUUCUUCAGCCGCGAGGAUGUAGAGUGGUUCAAGGCCCUGCCGCUGUGGACGAGAAGAGGACGGACGGGCUUUAUCAAGGAGCCGCUGGGAACGCAUGGCUACUUCAAGGCCACGUUUGAUGGAAAGAUUAACCCCCAAGAUGCGGUGGGCGUGAGCUUGUAUAAGCGCAUGUGGCCGCGGGCUUCGAGGCCGGUCCGGGAGCCGUUGCUGGAAGGUUCUGCUGCCGCCGUUGGACAAGGCCAGAACGACGACGUCAUGAUGGAAUGA